AUGACGUCCUCACGUGCUCUGUUUUAUGGCUCACCUCCAGCCAUGUCCCCACCUUCUAAGAACAAAUUCAAGCGUCAGAGCCGGAUAUUUUCUCAGGUCUUGUAUCGGACGCUGAGCUACAAGGAUCGUAGCUCAGUAGCUGCCUACCCAGUGGAGAGCAAGGAUGAUCCAGCUGAACUCUCCACCCAGAUCUCUGCCCCGGGGGUCCUCAAGGUGUUUGGCUGCCACAUCUGUGCAGGCACCCACUACAAGAGCGUCCUGGCGACCGCGAGUUCCAGUGCUCGAGAGCUGGUGAAGGAAGCGCUGGAGCGUUAUGGGCUAAACAAGGUGAAUGCUGGCCAUUAUGUCCUCUGUGAUGUCAUCGGACGGUUUGUAGGUCUGGAGAAGCAGUGGCAGAUGGACGGCUUGAGGGUUCUCCGGGACAAUGAGAAACCUCUUUUGAUCCAAGACCUCUGGAAACCUCGGGAAGGGUUCUCCCGGCGGUUUGAACUCCGGAAGCGAUCUGAGGUGGAGGAGCUAGCAGCGAGGGACAAGGACACCAUCACAGCAGGUAUAAAUGCCCAGGCUCGGAAACUCCAGCGGAACCGCGCCAAAGGCACCAUGACUCUAUUGACGGGAUGCAAAAGCCACUCCACACCGCCACCUCUCCGGCGUACGGUCAGUGAGAACAGCCUCAACCAGGCUGGCGCACAGGAUGAAAGAGAAGAGGAGGGGUUCAAAAGGCAUUAUUCCACUCUGCCAGAGACCCUUCAGUGCCCAGAGAACACGAGAGGCGGGCAGCCUGUUCUGCAGGAGGAGCAGAGUUCCAGCAUCUUGCGUCACUCGCUUUACCAGUCUCCACACCUCCUGCUUCUGCAAGGCUACAGCCAGCAACACGACAGUUUAGUGUACCUGCUGAACCGUGAUCAGCACACUGUAGGCCAGAGGACUCAGGCCAGCAAGCCCAGCAUCAGCCUGUCUGCACCAGACAUCCUUCCUCUUCACUGUACCAUCCGGAGGAUUAAGGUGCAUGGUCGCUCGCACCAUCGCUCGGAAGAGGAACUGAUUCUCGAGCCCAUCCCGGGAGCCAGUGUCUCUGUCAACUUCUCUGAGGUGGGGCAGACAGUCGUUCUCCAUCAUGGGGACCUGAUCUCCCUUGGUCUUUACUAUCUGCUCCUCUACAAGGAUCCUUUGAAAACCCAACCCCUGCCUGCUCAGACACUGAUGAGGCUCAGAGCUGUGCGCCGGGCCUCAGAACCGGAGCUCCCCUCCACCUGCAAGAUGUGCGGCAGCCAGGUCAAAGAGAAGACCGCCUCUCCCAAGAAGCAAGGGCCACAGCCUCCCUCCGGCCGAAGAGCCAGCCGGAGGAAGCCGGAGCUGGAGUUCGACAAGGCCAACGAGGAUGUGCUGUUGAGGAGAAUCGUCUCGCUCAUCGAGCCCACAGGCGACGACCACAAACUGACCCCGGCCCUCCUGCUGUGUCUUUGCGUCCAGCACUCGGCCAACCACUUCAGGCCUGGAGACUUUGGGCAGCUGCUUCUCAAGCUAGCCAAGAUGAUCCAGAGGAUGGUGUGGGAGAAAACGAAUGAGCUUGCUGGGAAGCAGACUCAACACCAGGAUCCAGCGACCCUUUCUCGUUUCACCAUCACAGAUCUGCUGCCAGACCUUCAACAUGUUAUCUUCUGGAUGUCUAACGCCAUUGAAAUCUUGUACUUUGUCCAGCAGAAAUCCCCAGUCUACAUCCAGAACUUGGAAGAGGAAAUAGACAUCAAAGGUUCGAAGGAGUCACUGUUUUCCUUAACAAUCACAGCCAGCGAGGAAGCCAUGACGGUUCUUGAGGAAGUCAUCAUGUACACCUUUCAGCAGUGUGUCUACUACAUCUCCAAGUCGCUGUACGUCUCUCUUCCUGCCCUGCUGGAAUGCAACCCGUUCCAAAGCGAGGGCCGCGAGGGCUGGCUCUCCUCCCCACCGCUGCCCGAGGAAAUCCGCAAGGUUGUACUGAUCUACCAGGCCACCCUGGACCUUCUCCACCAGUAUGAUGUCCACCCGGAAAUCACCUCCCAAAUGUUUGCCUACCUUUUCUUUUUCUCCAACACGCUGCUAUUCAACCAGCUCAUGGAAAAAGGUGCCUCAUUAGGCUGCUUCCACUGGUCGAAAGGUGUGAGGGUCAGAGCCACCUUGCGUCUCCUCCUGGAAUGGGCCCAGAGUGUGGGCUUUGGGCAGCUGUCGGACCAGUUCUUCAACAAGCUUUCCAGCGUGGCUAGCCUGUUGGCCAUGCCGAAUUCACAGCUGGUACAGAUGACCUGGCCCAUGUUGAGAACGGAAUUUCCGGCCUUGAAUGCUGCCCAGCUUCACCACAUACUGACCCAAUACCAGACAUCCUCUGAUGUGGGAUGCGUACCUGUCUGGCAGCCUGCUAAAGAAGAUAGUGUUGGAGCCUUCAGGAUAGAUGACAUCCUGGAGUCAUUCGACAGCCACCCUCCCAUCAUGCUGCCCAGCGGGGGGUUCAAGGUGGACUUGGAGACGGAAAACCUGGAUGACAACAUUUAUCGCCAUCUUCUCUACAUCCGUCACUUUCUGUGGAGCCUGCGCAGUAAAAGUCCCCAUCCCAGUGACUUGGCAACAGCGGAAGCUCCAAAGACAGAAGUGAUCGGCUACCAAACCACUCCUCAUGUAGCUUCCGAGACUCCAACAGCUUUGCCACCAGCGGGAAGCUCCCUUGGCCGGGGGAACCACAGACGGCGGCCAGUGAGUUGUGCUGAACCGAGGCCAGAAGGGGGUCUCCCCGCAGUCACAGGCACAAACGGAUCUGUCCGUGAUUACGACCUCUGCGAGACACAGCUGCAGGACAGCUUCCAGCAGAUGCAGGCCCCACAAGGGAAGACCAGCACCAAGCUUGUUGCAAUAACAGCCGAUCCCUCUUGUUUGCUGACCCCACCAAACACUCCCCUGACAUUUGAUCACACAGAUCUUGACUUCACUCCAGAGGGUAUCCCCAGUAAACCUAUCACAGAUCCUCGGAGGAAUGGGCUCAGCAGUGCCAAAACCACAAACCCUGAAGGCUCUUCACCGACUCCAUAUGACUUCCCCACUCCUGCCUCCUCCAGCCGCAGCUCGGCCACAGAUGAUUUCUGCUAUGUAUUUGUGGUGGAGCUCGAAAAGGGGCCCAUUGGCCUAGGCAUGGGACUGAUCGAUGGCCUGCACACUCCUUUGAAUUCUCCCGGGAUCUAUAUCCGAACUCUGAUCCAAGACAGUCCUGCGGCAGCUGAUGGCAGGCUCUCCAUUGGGGACCGCAUCCUGGCCGUCAACGGCACAAGCCUCAUUGGUUCCGAUUACCAGAGUGCUGUGGACCUCAUCCGAUCAGGAGGAAAGAAGCUGCGGUUUCUGGUGGCCAAAUCGGACAUGGAUGUAGCCAAGAAAAUUAGCUUCAAUCCUCCUUCCCCGUGAAGCAUCACAUCAAAAGAACCCUCCUGCAGACGUGGCGAUGACAAACCAAGCUGGCGGGCAGAGGUGGGGACGAAGGCAGGGGAAUGCGCCUCAGACAUCGCAAACACAGCACGGAGCCUCACCUGCUCAGAACAGGAGCAGUGGUUGGUGACCCACGUGUGUUUCCCACAAGAUGUGCUCGGGCACAGAUCAUACAAGAGGGGGAAGAGGGCAGCCCUUUGUGGCAACAUAGGCCCGAAUGACCCAAGCGCCCGUCUGCCUUCCCAGAGGGGCACAGCCUCGCUGGGUGGACAUCCAAGGCUCAGAUGUGGUAGAUUCCCCACCUUCCCUCUUGGCCAUAACGUGUUAUCAUUUCCUGCCUGACAAUGAGGGGGUGUGUGGUGGUGUAAUUUUUUUCAAGGAGAGCACGUAGAUCAAUUUCCUUCUUGCACUUUGGACUUUUGUAAAUUAUUUGAGCAGCAGAAUGUGUCUGUUUGAAUGUUUGGGAGGGUUACAGGGCCACAGAUCCCGCUGCGGAAGCAACCUUGCCUCGUGUACGUCUUGCCCCAAUUCCUGGCUAGAGGCUGGAGCCAGUUAAGGACACCACCAUCCUCUUCCAUUUUCCAGAGCCAGCUGGAUUCAUGGGCCAUGCGGAAGUCAAAAGAGCUCCUUCUUGAAAAGGUCACCUGAGUGGGGCAGGGUAGCUUCAGGGACUCCCCCUCCCCCCUCUUAAGUUACAAAUGAGUGAACUCUCUUCAGGGUAGGUUGGGGAGAUGUUGGCCAUUGUAAGCAACAGGGCUUUUUUUCUGGGG